AUGUCGUCAAACGCUUCUUGUAUCUUUUGCAAAAUCAUCAAGGGUGAGAUCCCUUCCUUCAAGUUAAUUGAAACCGCGAAGACUUAUUCAUUUUUGGAUAUUCAACCAACAGCCAAGGGCCAUGUAUUGAUUAUUCCUAAACAUCAUGGGGCAAAACUUCACAACAUCCCCGAUGAUUAUUUGAGCGACCUUUUGCCUGUAGUCAAGAGAUUGGCCCGGGUUUUGAAGUUGGAUGAAAACAAUUCACCCGAUGGUGAAGGAUACAAUGUUUUACAAAACAAUGGUAGAAUUGCUCACCAAGUUGUUGAUCAUGUUCAUUUCCACUUGAUCCCUAAAAGGGAUGAUAAAACCGGAUUGAUUGUUGGAUGGCCAGCAGAGGAAACCAACUUUCCAAAAUUAGAGGAAUAUUACAAUGAAUUGAAGAAGGAAUUGGAAAAGGAAGAGAGUGAAAAAUUGUGA